CCUUUGUCGCAUGCUCCGCGGGGGAGGGGAGUGAAGGGAGAAAUGAGCCAGGGUUGCCAUAGCAACUAGGCCGGUGGUCGCCCGGAGACCCGAGGGAGAACUGCCGGGUUCCGGGCCGCGGCUUCGGCUUCUUGGGGGCUCUGGGAGCCCGCGUGCCGGGCGUGUGUGCGCGAAGUUCUCGGGUGCGUGUGCGCUCGUGUCUGCGUGUGUGUAUCAUGCGUGUGAGCUUGCACACGUGUGCGCAGGAAGUGCCAGGGCGAGACGUGUGUGCCAGCCCGCGCGCCUGAGCGUGCGUCCUCGCGUGCGCUCCUGAGGGUGCCCGGCGCGCGUGGCGAGUGUGAGCCUGGAGCCGCCCCGCCCAGCUUCGCCUCCGCCCGCGGCCUGCGCUCUCCCGGCUCCCCAGCUCAGACUCCGCGCGCUCCCUCGUCCGGAGCCGCUGCCCGAGCCGCACCUGUUGGAGGCGCAGAGACAGGUGCGGGGCGCGGAGGCCGCCCCUGAGCGGAGAGCAGGAGCCGAGGGCGGGGCCGGGCCGAGCCGGCUUCUGCACCCCGCUCCCCAGCCCGCGUGCUGCAUGAGGGGCCGCCGGGGCGACCGCCUGGCCGUAAGCAUCCAGGAGCACAUGGCCAUCAACGUGUGCCCCGGGCCCAUCCGGCCCAUCCGCCAGAUCUCCGACUACUUCCCGCGCCCCGGCCCGGGGGACUGUGGGGAGGCCCCGGCCCGUCUGGCCCCCCUGGCCCUGGCGCCCCCUGCGGGCCUCCUUGGGGCCACCGCCCCCGAGGACGGGGCCGAGGUGGACAGCAACGACUCGGACGACACCACUGCCCUGGGGAUGUUGGAGUUCGACCUUCUCUAUGACCGGGCCUCCUGCACUCUGCACUGCAGCAUCCUCAGGGCCAAGGGCCUCAGGCCUAUGGACUUCAAUGGCCUCGCCGACCCCUACGUCAAGCUGCACCUGCUGCCAGGAGCCUGCAAGGCCAACAAGCUGAAAACCAGGACUCAGAGGAACACGCUGAACCCGGUGUGGAAUGAGGACCUGACUUACAGUGGGAUCACAGACGACGACAUCACCCACAAGGUGCUCAGGAUCUCCGUCUGUGAUGAGGACAAGCUGAGCCACAAUGAGUUCAUCGGGGAGAUCCGAGUGCCCCUCCGCCGCCUCAAGCCUUCACAGAAGAAGCAUUUUAACAUCUGCCUCGAGCGCCAGGUCCCGCUGGCAUCCCCCUCGUCCAUGUCCGCAGCGCUGAGGGGCAUCUCCUGCUACCUGAAGGAGCUGGAACAGGCUGAGCAGGGACCUGGGCUCCUGGAAGAGCGUGGGCGCAUCCUGCUGAGCCUCAGCUACAGCUCUCAGCGCCGGGGGCUGCUGGUGGGCAUCAUUCGCUGUGCCCACCUGGCUGCUAUGGAUGUCAACGGCUAUUCUGACCCUUAUGUGAAGACGUACCUGAGACCAGACGUGGACAAGAAAUCCAAGCAUAAGACAUGUGUGAAGAAGAAGACUCUGAACCCAGAAUUUAAUGAGGAAUUCUUCUACGAGAUACAGCUCUCCACUCUGGCCACCAAGACUCUGGAGGUCACGGUCUGGGACUAUGACAUUGGCAAAUCCAACGACUUCAUAGGGGGUGUGUCCCUGGGCCCGGGGGCCCGCGGGGAGGCUCGGAGACACUGGAGUGCCUGUCUGCAGCAGCCGGACGCCCCCCUGGAGCGCUGGCACACCCUGACCAGUGAGCUGCCCGCCGCGGCCACAGCACUCCCCUCAGCCUGAGCGGCAGCAGCUGCCAUACAGGCCUCGCACGAAUGUGCUGCACGUUUACACAGGGUGGAUGCCUGGCCCGCCCGCCCCGCCUGUCUCAUUGAGUCUCGUGGCCUGACCGUGACCCUCGGUCCACACUCAUAUGCAAACUCCUCCCUCACUCUCACCAAGCAUGCAAACCACCCACCGCACACCCUGGGGAGUGCUGUCCCCAGCCCUCUCCGAGCUGCCCGGCCCCUCGACACAGGAGGAGGUCGGAUUAGGGGAGGUUUGGAGGAGAAUGUUUCCAAAGGACAGACAAGAGGCGCUGCUGCAACACGGACCUUCAUUACAGUCCCAGCCCGACAGCCACCCUUCCCAGGCACGCCCAGCGAGGCAGGUGCUCCUGGCCACUCACUUAAAUAAUGUCCUGGGGCCCUGCCACCUGCUGGGGACACUUGUGCAUGUUUACGCCUUUUCUGAUUGUGUCAGUGGCCAAAGCAUGGCAACUGUGCAUCAAUAAACAUGGAGGACGCUGG